UAAAAAAUGGCUGAUUAGCGUAUCGGCGCUCGACUAGCAAAGUCUGAGAAAGUGGGCGUGCACUAUGUUUUUCAUUUUGACUGGCAGACAGAUGGAAGUCAUGAGUUGGACGCACCAACUUUCCCCGCUAAUAUUUCAAAAAGCAAAUGCACCGCAAAUGUAAGGAUUAUCGUAAUCAAUGCAUUAAAUGGCAUCAGUUAUGGAGGACCCCACCCUCGAGAGACACUUCAAGGGCCACAAAGAUGCUGUCACCUGUGCAGACUUCAAUUCCAAUCACAAACAGCUGGCCUCAGGGUCUGCAGACAAGACCCUGAUGAUUUGGAAUCUGAACCCUAAGGCCAGGGCGUUCCGUUUUUUUGGACACAAAGAUGUCAUCACAGGGGUCCAGUUCUCUCCUGUGGGAGAUCUGGUCGUCUCUGCAUCCCAGGACAAGACUGUACGGCUGUGGACGCCCAGCAUUAAAGGAGAGUCGAUGGUGUUCAAAGCCCACACGGCUACAGUACGCAGUGUCAGCUUUUCUCACGACGGCCAGAGGCUAGUGACUGCGUCAGACGACAAGUCUGUCAAGGUGUGGAGUGUCCACAGACAACGUUUUGUCUACUCACUCAACCAGCACACCAACUGGGUCCGCUGCGCCAGGUUUUCUCCUGACAGCCGUCUAAUUGCCUCCUGUGGUGACGACCGCACAGUGCGGCUGUGGGACACCUCCACCAAACAAUGCAUCAACUGCUUCACAGAGUAUGGAGGAUCAGCAACAUUUGUAGACUUCAACACCAGUGGCACCUGCAUAGCAUCCUCAGGAGCAGACAACACGCUGAAGAUCUGGGACAUACGGACAAACAAACUGCUCCAGCAUUACCAAGUCCACAGUGCAGGGAUCAAUUGCUUUUCCUUCCACCCGUCUGGAAACUAUCUGAUCAGUGGCUCCAGUGACAGCACAGUGAAGAUCCUGGACUUGCUGGAGGGACGCCUCAUCUACACCCUCCACGGACACAAGGGUCCUGUCCUGACUGUGGCCUUCUCCAGGGGAGGAGACUUCUUUGCCUCAGGGGGUUGUGAUGCUCAGGUUUUAAUGUGGAAGACCAACUUUGAUUCUUUUGACUACCGUGAGGUCCUGAGCAAACACAGCCAGCGGGUCACCCCCGACCCCCCUCCUCACCUGACAGACAUCUACCCCCGAGGACCUCACCUCCACUCCGCCCAGUCUGGGGCUAUAGAGAUCAGUCCCAUGGUGGCAGACACCCAGACCAUUGCCCCAGCGGUCAUAGAGGUGGGCCAGGCCCUCUACACAGCCACUACGGCUGUCAACGGCCAUGCAAACAAUUUGCCAGCACGGCGGAUUGCCAGUACCAGCCUCAACCCCAAUGAAGACUGUCACAGUAGUGGACAGGGUUCGACAUCUGGGUCCCAGUCCGGGCAGAUGGGAGGCAGGAGGGAGGAGGAGGGGGAACAGGGGAUGACGUACCCUCUGGAGAUGCGCUCAGACCUCCCCAUGAACUUCAGCAGCACCCUGGAACGCAUCGUCCAGCAGCUUGACGUCCUCACUCAGACUGUCUCUGUGUUGGAAGAACGUCUCACCCUGACGGAGGACAAACUGAAGGAGUGUUUAUUCAACCAGAGUCAGAUCCUGCUGCAGGUGCGAGGGGAGGAGAAGGACCGAAGGGGAGCGAGGGUGGAGGAAGAGAGGGAAGGUGAGAGCGGAUCCCCUGUCGCCUCAGCCUAAUGUCACCCACCUCCCUCUCCACAGACUCACACUCCUCCCUUUGACUUGGUCCUGUGUGUGUGUGUGUGUGUGUGUGUGUGUGUGUGUGUGUGUGUGUGUGUGUGUGUGUGUGUGUGUGUGUGUGUGUGUGUGUGUGUGUGUGUGUGUGUGUGUGUGUGUGUGUGUGUGGCGCUAUGGGUUCUUGUACUAGCAUUUAUUAGUAGAAUCUAUGCAUUGUGUCAUGUGCUGAUGAAGCGCCUGUGUGUGUGUAUGACCAUAUACCCCCACUGUUGUAUAGUGUACGGCAUAUUUUCUCAUGCGUUCCCUUUCAUACUAUGAACUAAAUAAAUUGAACAUAUUGCACUGGCAUGUC